AUGACCAAGACUGUUGCUAUCCAGUCGCCUGAGAUCGCUAGCGUCUCGUUGCACAACAACAUUCCAACGCAUCUCCAUCUCUACGUUAUCCCUUUCCUCUCGCUCUACCCUGUUUGGGCCUAUGCCUACUUUGUCAAGUACGAUGACUGGGUUCGAUCCGAAGAAUGGACUUUUGUCUUUACCGUCCUUCUCAUCUCCGGUCACGCACUCAGCUUCCUCAUUACCAAAUGGAGUAUUGCUGCCAAGGUCUUGACCACAUGCACCAACGCUAAAAGCCUCGAAGAUGUGGAACUCGUCCGUGUCCACCCUUUUCCACACAAAGGUGAGGGAGCCAUUGUUCCACUAGACCGAGUAAAGAGACCAAAUCUCCCUAUCGAAGUCUCCUUCACCUACCAGGCAGAUAAAUACAUCCUUGCUACACCCGACGCCUCCGCCGCACCCACCGACAUCUUCGUCUCGCCUCUCAUCAACGAACCUACUUUCCGCCGUCUGCCUUAUCCUGCCGACUCCAAACCGCACCUUUCGCAGUUCCAGUCCAACCGCGGGUUCAAGACCGAGAAGGAUGUCGAGCUUGCACUUGGUACUUUCGGCAAGAACGAGCUUGACAUUCCUAAGCCCAAAUUCGUCGAUCUGUUCCUCGAACAUGCGGUGGCACCUUUCUUCGUUUUCCAGAUCUUCUGUGUUGGUCUUUGGAUGCUUGACGAGUACUGGUACUAUUCGCUCUUCACUCUGUUCAUGCUUGUCGUAUUCGAGUGCACAGUGGUGUUCCAGCGUCUCCGCACACUCAGCGAGUUCAGGACAAUGUCGAUCCAGCCUUACAAGAUCUGGGUCUAUCGUGCUGGGAAGUGGGAAGAGAUGAUGACUACCGAUCUUCUCCCCGGCGAUCUUGUCUCCAUCGAUCGUUCCAAAGAGGACUCUGCUACACCUUGCGACCUCUUGCUCGUCGCUGGCUCGACUAUCGUCAACGAAGCUAUGCUUUCCGGUGAAAGCACACCUCUCCUCAAAGAAAACAUCGAACUUCGUGACGGAAAGGAUGUGCUCGACGUCAACGGUGCUGAUCGUAACAAUGUCGUUUUUGGUGGUACCAAGGUUCUUCAGACUACUGCACCUGAAGCUGACAGCAGCUAUGCCAAGGUUCGUGCUCCCGACAACGGCGCACUCGGUAUUGUGCUGCGUACCGGUUUCGGAACUUCUCAGGGUCAACUUAUCCGUCUCAUGGUCUUCCAAAACGAAUCUCGCGUGACGGCGAACAACAUCGAGAGUUUUGUUUUCAUUGGUUUCCUGCUCAUCUUUGCCAUCGCUGCAAGCGGAUACGUCUGGGUUAGAGGAACCGAAAUGGAACGUCCCAAAGGCAAGCUCUUACUUGAUUGCGUACUUAUCAUCACCUCCGUAGUGCCGCCAGAGUUGCCAAUGGAGUUAUCGAUGGCGGUCAAUGCUUCACUGAUGGCGUUGGCGAAGUAUGCGAUCUUCUGUACCGAGCCUUUCCGCAUUCCCUACGCCGGUCGCGUGGAUGUGUGCUGCUUCGACAAGACGGGUACCAUCACGGGUGAGGAUCUCGAGGUGCAAGGUGUUGUCAACUGUACUCCUGGUGGCGACUCCCCACUGAUCCCGCUGAAAGAAGCAUCGGCGGAGACAACACUUACUCUCGCUUCUGCCCACGCACUUGUCUUGCUGGAAGACGGCCUCGUAGGUGACCCUAUGGAAAAGACUACCCUCGAAGCGAUGGAUUGGAAACUCAACAAAGGAGAUAUGCUCACUCCUACAGACCCAAAAGCCGGUCCUCAUCGAUUCGGAGUCAACGUUCGUCGACGUUUCCAGUUCUCUUCCGCUCUUAAACGUAUGUCUACCAUCAACCACGUCGUCGACCAAUCCGGUAACCGUCGUACAUUCAUCGCUGUCAAAGGUGCUCCGGAGACCCUCAAGACCAUGUUCGCUAACCUUCCAGCACACUAUGAUGAGACGUAUAAAGGCUUUACUCGUAGAGGAUCGCGUGUGCUCGCACUUGGAUACAAGUUCGCAGACAACAUCAAGCCGAAUGAUACGAAUGCGAUCAACAAUCUGCAGAGGGAUCAGGUGGAAUCCGAACUCAAGUUUGCAGGGUUUUUGGUCUUCCACUGCCCUUUGAAGCCGGAUGCAGUGGAAUCGUUGAAGCAGCUAAAUGACUCUUCGCACCGAUGUAUUAUGAUUACUGGUGACAACCCUCUUACUGCUGUACACGUUGCAACGCAGGUAGAGAUCGUGGAUCGUCAAACUCUAAUCCUCGACGUGAAGGAAGGAGCUACUUCCGAGUCCGAAUUGGUUUGGAGGUCGGUAGACGAAUCCGUCAUCAUCCCCACCUCAUCCUCCGAUCCUAUCGAUACAACCCUGUUCAACACCUACGACAUCUGCAUCACCGGUGUAGCCAUGAAACAAUACCAAGACAACCCCGAAGCAUGGAACCAUUUGGUCCAGAACACUUGGGUCUACGCUCGUGUUUCGCCCUCUCAAAAGGAGUUCAUCUUGAACUCUCUCAAGUCUUUGGGUUAUAUCACACUCAUGGCUGGUGACGGAACAAAUGAUGUUGGUGCACUAAAGGCUGCUAACAUUGGUGUUGCACUACUCGAUGGAACCCCGGAAGAUCUCCAGAAGAUUGCGGAACACCAGAGAAUGGAACGAAUGAAGAAAGUCUACGAAUCUCAACUUUCCCUUACCGCUCGUUUCGGUUCAGCACCCCCACCCGUGCCUCCUAUGCUGAAGGAAAGGUAUCCUGAACUCGAAAAAGCACGAGACGAAGCCUUGGCGAAUAUGAACACUGCUAGAGCUACCGACCGUACCGCCAAAUUCGAUCUUUCCUCUAUCACCGCCCAGAUGACCGACGCCGAUAUUGAUGAUGGACCGCCGCAGAUUCGAUUAGGUGACGCUAGUGUUGCUGCACCGUUUACGUCUAAGCUCUCGAACGUUGCGUCGGUGCUGGCGAUUAUCCGACAGGGUCGUUGCACUCUAGUGGCUACGAUUCAGAUGUAUAAGAUCUUAGCGCUGAACUGUCUUAUUCAGGCGUAUUCACUGUCGGUGUUGUACUUGGAUGGGAUCAAGUUUGGCGACUACCAGGUGACUAUUUCUGGUAUGCUAGCUUCCGUUUGCUUCCUAUGCAUUUCCCGAGGACAGCCUAUCGAGAAGCUAUCCAAAGAACGACCCGUGGCGAACAUCUUGAACGCCUACGUAUUCGGUUCGAUCCUAACCCAGACAGCAUUACACAUCGCUACGAUGUAUUACAUCCAAAAGCUUUCCAUCGCUUUCGAGUCGCCCGAUGACGUGAUCGAUCUCGAAGCAAAGUUCUCUCCCUCUCUUCUCAAUACUGGAGUAUACCUCCUCGGUCUCAGCCAAACUAUCUCCACCUUCGCUGUCAACUACAUCGGACGACCCUGGCGCGAGUCCAUCCGCGAAAACAAGUAUCUUUACUACGGACUAGUAAGUGUGGGAGGAAUUGCAAUUGCAGGAGCGACCGAAUUUAUGCCAGAGUUGAACCAGUGGUUGCAAUUGGUAAAGAUGCAGCCAAAGUAUCAGGUUCAAUUGGUGACUGCGAUGACGGUGGACUUUUUGGGUAGUUAUGCACUAGAGAGCUUCUGGUCAUUGUUUGCGGACGUUAAGCCAAAACCUUUGGUGACCAAGGGACAAGAGAGGAGGUUGGAGAGAAGAAAACAAGAGCUAGUGCAGAAGAGGUUGGAUGAGGAAAAGAGUGCUGGGGAGAAGAAGGAACUCUAA